AUGAAGCCGAAGCGGCGAGCGCCGCAGAGGGUGCAGCGGAAGCCGAGCACGGUGGCGAGCGUGGGCGGCGGCAGCUGCAUGCGCUUCAUGCUGCUCUUCCUCGCCGCCGCCGUCCUCUUCUGGAUCCUCUCCUCGCGCUCCGAAGCCAUCGCGUCGUCGUUGAACGCCCUCAGUCGACGCGCGAAAAUAGCCGGCGGCGGGGACAAACCCCUCGUUAGAGACCUCCUCGGUACGGGAGCCGCGGGGGCGACAUCUAUAGACGUAUUUGCGAGCGAUUCGUUGGCCAACGAGGAACCGGUGCCGCAAAUAUCGCUAUCAGGAACGGACGGGCAGGGGGAGGAAACGGAUCUCGCGGGGACGUUGGAUUCGGAGGACUUGGGGGCGGUGAGCGCGGCGCAAAACACGCAAGAAGCCCCUAGCGAGCGAGGCAAGGCGGUGGCCGACGCGGUAGAAGAUACGACGAGGAAUGAGGCGGCGCGUAAAUCAGCAGACGAUGCACCGCUUGUCAAAUCUGCGGGUUUGCGGGGCGAUGGAUUGUCAACGGGAGAUAAGAAGUCAGAUGCGAUCAGCGAGAAGCCGCUACCUGCUGCUAACGUGAUCGUCAGCGUGACGCAACCCGCCGGUGUAACGAAACCCGCAACGACGAAACGGAAAAAGCGACGAGUGAAAGCGCCUUUAGCGCGGUGGGCGCCGCUCAACGGCAAGUAUCCGGAUCUGACAAUAGCGAAGCCGAAGCGCAAAGUUCUAAAGGUUAACAUCGACAAGAAGAACCUGCAGCGGGUGUACUUAGACGCGACGCGGUUCCAGGAGAACAAUCCGGGGAAGGUAGAUCCACCUUUCGAGGCGAGUCGCGGUCCGGAGUGCCCGACGUUCGAGUACGGUUACGAGGGCUUCCCGGGCAUCGCGUCGUGCUGGCGAAGCCCGAUCGAAGACGUGUUACGUUCGCCAGCGUCGCUACCGGCGAAUUGUGCGAAUGCGACGGACGCCGGGUGCAUGCAGGAGGCCGACAAGCAGCCCCACGAGCCGUGGUCCGCGCAGGUGCUGUUGCUGCACAACGUGUACAUCAACGUGGCAGGCCAGGUGUUCAACGCCACGCACCUCUUCGACCACAACGCCUGCGCCGCCGACUCACCCUUCCACUACACCCCCGGCAACACCCAACUCUCCUCCUUCCCGAGCCUCAUCUCCCUCGUCGACUGGUUCGGGUGGUCCGCCCGAGCCUACAUGCUAGACCUGGUGCCGUCCAUAGUCACGCUCGAUACAGUGCUGCCGCUGUUGAAGGGGGGGGGAGUGCCGGUGGCGCUGGGGUUGCGGGACCGGCAUGUGAAGAAUCAGAUGGAGCAGGCGACGGGGCUGGGGCACUGGGAGCUGGUGGGGGUGCGCCUGGAGAGGAUGAACCCGCAGAUUCUCAAGGAGGGGGAGCUCUUCUUUGCUGAACGCCUCAUUCUCCCACUGAAGCAGCGGUGUGGGCGGCCCAGCAGGGCCAUGUGGUCGUACCUGCGCCACCGCAACCUGCUGCCCAAGCCGGGCCUCCCCAUCUACCGCCAUGAGUUCAAGCCAACGUACCGCAGGCGCAAGGGGGAGGAUCUAUCAGCGGGCAGCGACUGGAUCGUGGUGGUGGCGAUGCGCGACGAGUGGAAGCCGCUGGUGCAGACGCUCAAGCUGACGCAGCAGCUGCUCAAGUGGCUGCCCCAGGACCGCAUUGUCACGUACCGCGAUGGCUCGCUGCCCUUUGGCAAGCGCAAGGAGCUCUUCAACCGCGCGAGACUGCUGGUGGCGGCGCAUGAUAACGUGCUGGCAGAUAUGGUCUUCAUGCCCGCUGGAGGGGCAGUGGUAGAAAUCAGGCCAGAGGAGGAGGCGGACCCCACGUUCCACCACCUGGCGGACGCGUGCCAGCUGGACUACUACCUGCUCUUCUCAGACGGGCGCAAGGCGGACGGCAAGAAGGGCGGCAAGCCCAAGGUGAAGGACCCCAAGGUGGUGCACAAACUGCUGGCGAAGAUUGCAAGACGGAUACGGAAAGUGUAA